AUGUCUAAUAAUCGAUGUCGACGAUGUGUUCGAGGAAUAUCCCGUCGUAUACCUUGUUUUGUAGCAUGGAGUUUAUUAUUAGUAUUAUCAACAUUAUAUUUUAUAUUUAUUUGUCCAUGGAUAACAAAUAGAUUAUCAAUAUUAAUUCCAAUUAUUCAUGGAAUAAUAUUAUUAUUUGUAAUAAAUAGUUUUAUAUUAGCAAUAAAUACUGAUCCAGGUCGAUAUAGUCGAGCUCCACCUGAUGAAAAUGAUGAUUCCGAAACAACAUUUCAUAAAACAGUUGAAAUUCAUGGUACUCAAUGUCGAAUGAAAUGGUGUCAAACAUGUGGUUUUUAUCGUCCUCCAAGAUGUUCUCAUUGUUCAGUAUGUGAUUUUUGUAUUGAUACAUUUGAUCAUCAUUGUCCUUGGUUAAAUAAUUGUGUUGGUCGUCGAAAUUAUCAUUAUUUUAUUUAUUUUUUACUAAGUCUAUUAUUCCAUAUGUUUGUUGUAUUAUCAUUUUGUAUUUAUUAUAUAUUAAAAAAUGGUUCAAAUAUUGGAAAUAUAUCUUCAAUAAUAUGUUGUAUAUUAAUGGUGCUUAUUAUAUUAUUAACUAUUCCAAUUGGUGGUUUAACUAGUUUUCAUAUUAUGUUAAUUAUUCGUGGUAGAACAACAAAUGAACAAGUUACAGGAAAAUUUAAAUCAAAUAUUAAUCCAUUUGAUUAUGGAUAUUUAUUUAAUUGUUCAAGAAUAUUUGCAGCUUCAAGACCUCCAAGAUUAAUAACUCGAGAAAAAUCUAUUUCGAAAACAAAAUCAAAUUUAUAUGAAAUUCAAACAACAAAACAAUUUAUGAAAAAUGGAAAAAAUUCAAAUAAAGUAAUAGAUUAG